AUGGACGACUAUGUCAAGAACAUGUUGGAAGAUUUUCCUAUCAAGUUCAACAAGGAUUCAAAGCAGGAAACACCAGUUGGUGACGAUUUACUGGAAGCUGGUAAAGGGAAGUUACUCAGUGCUGAGUCAGGAGUUCGAGAGCCUACAGAGUCUGAUUGGAAGAAGUGUGUUUGCAUGAUGCGGUAUUUGUUUUGUACAAUGGUGUAUCACCUGACACUUUCUGCAGAAUCACUAAGAGUCAUUGCGGUGCAUCCACAUUUCAAGAGCCAUACUGGCGGCACUCUGUCCUUUGGAGGAGGAGGUGCAGCUCAAGUGAUGUCAAAGAAACAAAAACUAAACAGCAGAAGCAGUACGGAAGUGGAACUGAUUCCUGUUGACAAUGUUGUCACAAUGAUACUAUGGACAAAGUUGUUCAUGGAGUGGCAAGGGUAUCCGAUCAAGAAGAAUAUCUUGUAUCAGGAUAACAAAAGCGCGAUUCUACUGGAAGAGAAUGGUCGCAAGAGCGUGGGCAAAAGAAGCCGAGCUAUCAAUAUUCGUUAUUUCCUUAUCACAGAUCAAGUUGAGAAAGGAGAUGUUAAUAUGAUUGCGGAUUUUAUGACUAAGCCAUUGCAAGGUGAGCAAUUUUGCAAGUUCGGGGAUCUGAUUCUUGGUCCACAGGAAUAG